GAUCACGUGACAUUUUUUUCUCCUCACUUCCGCAAAUAAGCUUCAGUCAGCAGCAGCAGCAGCAGCAGCAGCAGCUGUGUGUGGCAGCUUCAUCCAGCUAUACCGACCAGAAACACACCUACACUAACAGUCACAGCAGCGACUGCAGCGCUGGAAACCCUGCGUCCCCACACCCUCCUCCUCCUCCCCCUGUCACCCUGCCCUGCCUUUGGCUUGAGGUGCAUCCCUUCACCCCGCCGCCAUGGUGGAUGUAACCAAAUGGCCCGUUUUCAGCCUGAUGGGGCCCCAGGAGCUCGCCACGAUACGGAAAGCAUGCGUGUUUGGAACGUCUGCUAAUGAGGCCAUCUACAUCACCAAAGAUGAUGAGGUGUACGUGUUUGGGUUGAACUGCAGUAACUGCCUGGGAACAGGGGACAGCCAGAGCACCAUUGUACCCAAGAAGCUGGACUUUCUGAGCGGGAGGAAGGUGUCGAGCCUGAGCUACGGCAGCGGACCCCACAUCCUGCUGGCCACGGAGGAUGGAGAGUUAUUCGCCUGGGGUCACAAUGGUUACAGCCAACUUGGAAACGGGACAACCAACCAAGGAGUAGCUCCAGUGCUCGUGUCUGCCAACCUGCUCAAUAGGAAGGUCACAGAGGUGGCCUGUGGCUCUCACCACUCAAUGGCUCUGACUGACUCAGGAGAAGUGUAUGCAUGGGGCUACAACAACUGUGGUCAGGUGGGUUCGGGCUCCACAGCGAACCAGCCCACACCCCGCAGAGUGUCCAGCUGCCUGCAGAACAAAGUGGCUGUCAGUAUCGUCUGUGGGCAGACCUCGUCUCUGGCAGUAGUGGAUAACGGAGAGGUGUACGGUUGGGGCUACAAUGGGAACGGACAGCUUGGACUUGGAAAUAAUGGGAACCAGCUCACUCCCUGUCGCCUUGUAGCUCUGCUGGGUCUGUGUGUGCAACAGAUUGUCUCAGGCUAUGCCCACUCCCUGGCACUAACAGACGAGGGGCUGCUGUACACUUGGGGUGCCAACACAUAUGGACAACUGGGCACCGGCAACAAGAGCAACCAGCUGAGCCCAGUUCAGAUCAUGGCUGAGAAAGAGAGGAUCGUGGAGAUCGCUGCCUGUCACUCCUCACAUACAUCAGCUGCUAAGACUCAGAGCGGUCAGGUGUACAUGUGGGGCCAGUGCAGGGGCCAGUCUAUAGUGCUGCCUCACCUCACGCACUUCAGCUGCACCGACGACGUCUUUGCAUGCUUCGCCACCCCCUCCGUUAUGUGGAGGCUUCUCUCCAUGGAGCAUGAUGACUUCUUGACCGUGGCUCAGUCUCUGAAGAAAGAGUUUGACAACCCGGAGACAGCUGACCUCAAGUUCUGCAUUGACGGCAAAUAUAUCUAUGUCCACAAAGCAGUUCUCAAAAUCAGGUGUGAACACUUCAGAUCCAUGUUCCAGUCGCACUGGAAUGAAGACAUGAAGGAGGUGAUUGAAAUAGACCAGUUCUCCUACCCGGUGUACCGCUCCUUCCUAGAGUUCCUUUACACCGACAACGUGGAGUUGCCUCCUGAGGAUGCUAUUGGGCUGCUUGACCUGGCCACGUCGUACUGUGAGAACCGCCUGAAACGUCUGUGUCAACAUAUUAUAAAGAGGGGAAUCACCGUUGAGAACGCCUUCUCCCUGCUGUCUGCUGCUGUGCGCUACGAUGCUGAGGACCUGGAAGAGUUCUGCUUUAAGUUCUGUGUGAAUCACCUGACCGAGGUGACCCAGACCGCCGUUUUCUGGCAGAUCGACGGAAACCUGCUCAAAGAUUUCAUAUGUCGAGCCAGCCGCUGCGGAGCCUUCAAAAACUGACCUCAACCCGAGAUCCUUAUGGGCAGAGAUGCUGAGGAUUGCUGUGUCUGACUCAAGGAGUAACUUCUCAGAGGAUUUUAUCACUCCCUGUCGACUCCACGAACAUUCACUGACGGGUGGUCACACAAACUUUAUAUCUUUAUCACCAUCGCUGUCAAAUCUGUUAUUCAUCUCAUUCCAGACUAGAUCCAGUGUGUUCAUUACGUGAGCUAUUCUGAAACUACACGGCUGAGCUGAUACAGUCCAGUUACAGUAGUUGUUUGCCACAGUGCCUGACUGCUGAUUUGUUUACACAUAUUGUGUAAAGCAGGACUUGAAACGCACUGAGAGGCAUACUAUCGCUUGACCAAGCUGUUUCUAUUCCCGCUCGUCGCCUGAUAUCACUUUACUUUUUUUAUUAUACUGCGUAAUUGACCAUGUUACUUUUUUAGCGUUUGCACUUGUUUGAAAUAGGAUUUUGUUCUUCUUCACUAGAAGACCGCAUCAUAGUUUGGAUGCGCCAUCUGGAAUCGUGGUUUUGAAGUUGAGGUAUGAGGCUCUUUGCACUUUCAGAUGUCAGGACAGAACACAUAUUUUGAAGACUGGACGCUGACCUAAACAGACUAAAAAAAAGCUUGAAUCUGCUUUCUUGAUAUGUCGAACUCCAGUCAGCAGUUUUUAGUCCUAGUGGCUUUUGUCUAAUGCCUAGUUCACACUACACAUUAGCCCUGAUUUUCCGCUACCUGACAGUUUUGAGCACCCCGACAAAAGCCCCAGAUCAGAGGCAAAUCGGGGUUGGCUCGCCGAGGCUCCCCGAUGCCUCGCAGACACAUUCCAGAUAUCUAGCAUGCUAAAUAUCAAUAUAAUAGGAA